AUAUUCUUGCUCAAUUGCUCCUAACGGAUUAUAUAGCUUUUCUGUAUAAAUAAAAAAUUCUAUCAAUGGAUCUAAUUUUAAAAUUUUGUAGCAUUUCAAAAAUAUGAAUUUAGCUAAGUAUCCUCCGUAAAAUCGUUUCUUUCGUUAAUACUGGGAUAGUGAAGCCUUAGCGUGGCGCCACAUUCCUUCCACGUUGUUAGUGUGAGCCCCAGUAUUCGGAUUUUUAAAUUCGAAAAAAUGAUUUAAUGUUAGGUGUUUAAAUCCCUCUUUAUCUAAACAGUCAUAACUCUAAAAAAUUGAAAUUUGAGCUAGUUAUUGAGUGGUAAAACACAAUUAAUUUUUACAAGGAAUGUUUUUAUAAUUACUUUCCAACAGUCACUAAUUAUGGUAGUACCCGGUAGAAUCCAAUCUUUAAUUGCUUUAAGUAAAGUUUUUUUGUCACGUUUUUCUACUGAAAUUAUAAAAACAUUUUUUGUAUCCCUUUUAACACCGUCGAAUAUCCUUUGUCCAUUUUAUAACUGUUGUAAAAAAAAUACAUUUAUACAUUUUUUGGUUUAAAAUCUAAUCAUUUUUUUUGUGCCAUGUAGGUAAUCCAUAAGUGAUUUCACGGUGGAAUGAUGCCCAGUCAACAGCGGACUGUUGAGACAUUUUUAUUUGUUUUUUUAAUAAACGAUAAAGAUACAUUUUCAAGCCAUAAAUAAGAAAAAAAGACUAUUUGGUUUAGGGAUAAAUGUGAUUUGUUGAAAAUGUAUCCUUUCUUAUAGACCACGUAGUCACAUUUUUUUUUUAUUUUUCAUGACUGCUUAUUGUUCGACACUUUCAAGUAAAUUUGUCAACGCAUCUCACAUCUUCGGAUAAUUUUAAAUAAUGCCCACGGUCACACGUGAGUUGGUUGUCAGAUGCUAUUAAAUUCCUCUGUUGUAGCUGCUUAAUUACAUUGAGAGACCUGAGACACUGGACCAGACGUUUUAUUUUCAAAAACAUCUUAUACUUCAAUAAUAUUUAUGACCGAAAUAUUUUUAUUAUUUAACACUAUACAACGUAAUAAAAUACGAUAUUAGCAUAUAUUUUAAAAAUGUUAAAAUACAGUGUACUCUCGGUUAUCCGCGUAACUAAUGAUUUCCGGAAAAAACUUUUGGCGCCAUAAUUUUUAAAACAUUAAAAUACAUAGGUUUCCAAAAAAAAAAAUCAAAAUAUCGAGGAGGUUCUAAACUAGAUUUGUUCCCAAAUACGCAGAUAUAUAAAAUAAUUUAUUUUUAGUUUAUUUUAUAUAUCUGUGCCCAAAUAUGAUGUGUCGCCCGUGCUAAUUUCUAAUACCGUGUGUCCGCGUGUCAUUAUUGGCAUUUAUUUUUUCAUCUAGUCAGUGCGGCUAUCAUUAUAAGGUAUGGUGGUAGGUAAUAGUGUGUAUAGAACUCUUUACUCUAAGCCCUAUUGUCCUAACGUAUAGUAUACAAAAAUUAUUACUUAUUAGUAAUUAGCGUAAUAGCGUUAGUUACACUGUUACUCUUACUAUGGAACAAAUCUUAUACAGUAUACACACGAUACUGUUACCACCAUAGCCUAUAAUAAUAGCCAGUGCCACUAGAUGAUAAAAAUAAAUGCCGAUAAUGACACGCAGACAUACGGUAUUAGAAAAUAGCGCGCGCGACACGACAUCAUAUUUGAUAACAGUAGAAAGCUGUUAUCAUUGAGAAAAUCAGGCCAAUGACCAUUCUAUUCUAGUAUUCUCUCGACGUUUAAAGUCUUCCAAGUUCCAAGUUCUAAUUCGUAAUUGGCAAAUCGGAAUGCUCGUUAAUAGGGAUUACAAUGUAAUAUCGAUUGUUAUUUAAUAUUUUAUGUUUUACAUUUAUCGUCUAUUAUAAUUACUUUUAAAUACGAGUAAAUUAUUAUUUGAAUUCCACGAGCAAUGCAAACUAAAAUGGACAAAACUGAAGAUUCGUUUAAUAACAAUUACACUACUUACGAGUACCCAAAAGAAGACGGGACCAGGGAAAAGAAACACUACAACGGUUACCAGUACAAAUCAUCGCAAUAUGACGAAGUUGUAACCCAAUUGUUUUCUAAGCAAUUUUGCAUGCCAAAUCAAACCAAAUGGAAACUUCCUGACCCAGACACUAUGCUAAGUCAAUGCAAAUGGGAGUUACCAGAUUUUAUUAAUUUAAAAAAAUCACUUAAUAAAGUCAAGGAUAAACUCGAUGAUUUUAACUUAGCUGAAUGGCAUAAAAAUACAAAACAAACAAAUCCAGCUGGUAAAGUCAUAUCUAAAGUUAGAGGAAUUGGACAUCCUGAAUUAUUAACUGGGGCUUGGUUGAAGUUUUUUGAACUAUUAAACGAUUAUAAAUUAAUACCUCAAAAAUGUAUUGACAAUGGUAAAUUGUAUAGUGUUCAUUUAUGUGAAGCUCCGGGUGGUUUUAUUUCUGCUCUCAACCAUUUUAUUGUUAGCCAAGAAAUAAAUGUCAAAUGGGAUUGGAUAGGAGUUUCAUUAAAUCCAUAUCACGAAGGAAACGGUAAUCCUGAUUUAAUAAAUGAUGAUAGAUUCAUGUUAUUCACAAUAAACCAUUGGUUUUUUGGUACGGAUCAUACUGGCGAUAUUUUCCAAAAAAACUUCUAUAAAGAUUUAUAUGCCUUUGUUAAAAACCGUUUUGGCGAUAAAGCAAAUUUGGUAACAGCUGAUGGUAGUAUGGACUGCCAAAAUAAUCCUGACGAACAAGAAAACGUAGUAAUGCGACUUCAAAUAGUUGAAACUAUGGUCGCUUUAAUGAUACUUCAAGAAGGUGGUACUUUUGUUCUAAAAAUGUUUACUAUGUUUGAAUGCAAUUCUUUGUGUCGAAUAUAUUUGUUAUGCUGUGCUUUUGAUUCGAUACAAAUAAAAAAACCAGUUACUAGUAAACAGGGAAAUUCUGAAGUUUAUAUUGUAUGUUGCGGAUAUAAAGGUUUACAACAUGUAGAACCUUGGAUUCAUACAUAUUUUUCAACUAUUGAUCGGACUGUGUCUGAUUAUAGUAUGUUUCCAUUAAAAGAAUUGCCUAAAGAUUUUUUAUCGUCUAUGUAUAACUGUUCAAAAUAUUUUAGUGAACUACAAAUACAAAUUAUUGAAAACAAUAUAGAACGAUUUGUAAAAAAAAUUGAAAAUGACACUAAAUAUUUAACCGAGUUACAAUAUUGGGUUGCUAAGACAUAUGCUCAUAAAUAUAAAGUAAAACCAAUAGAAUCAUCACAGGAAAUAGUUGGACAAAAUAAACUUCAGAGUUUACAGUAUGAUUUUCCAAAAGUUUCAACUAUGAAGUUAGUCAUGGAUUAUUCAUUUUCUGAGAAACAACGUAGGAUAGAAUGUCAAGCAUCAGAUGAAGCGAAGUUACUUCAAGAUGAAGUUAAUAUGUUUAAUCAAUAUCAAUGGCAAUACGACUCAUCAGUUUUAUGGUUUACUGCAGAGGAUGCCAAAAUUCACUCAUCUGAUUUUAAUAUACAAAUGGGUAAACCGGUAUCUGUGAUACGUAACUCAAAGUUUUGUGUGAAUACACUAAUCGACUAUAGUAACCGGGCAAGAUCACUAUUUACUAUUCCUAUUGAGGAUAAUAUUAAGCGUAGAGAUUACUUUUGGCUUCAAAUUCCGAGGCAAACUAUCAAUGGCCAAUUAAUUGUUUGUGAUGUAACUUCGAUAUAUAUCAGCGAUUGUAUCAACAAUAAUCGAAAACAACAUGAUUCUUUGAUUGCUAUCUUAGAAUCAUUUGAAAAGCUUCAAACUUCUGAUAGUUUAUUAGUAAUUGGAUAUCCGUUGCUUACUCAAGUGAAUGUUGGUGUUUUCUUUAUACUUUUAAAUAUGUUCCUAAAGACUGGUAUGAUGAAACCUGAUGAAAUGGGUCAUGCUUUUGUGUUUUGUUCAAAAGUUAAUGACAAACAUGUAGAUGAAUUAAUAACUCUUUUAAAGAAAUUAAAAGAGUAUAUUAAAGAUCCUAGUAUCAUAGAUAUAGUUGAAAAACAAGAACAAUCUUUGAUAUCAUUCAUUCCAAUUAAGAAAGUUAUGUUUCAACCUAUUUAUAAAGACAUUGUUACUGUUAAUUGUUUGCUUAUAAUCAAUGAAGUGAAAAAAACUGUUUAUUCUUACUUGCAACAAUAAUGAAUAAUUUGUUAUCAGAAGAUAAUUAAUUAACUAUUUUU